AUGCGAGGCGCCUCGCCGCCGCCGCCGCCCGACGCUGAUGCGGAUCCCGCGCCGCCGGGCUAUUACCCGCACGCCGGGCCCUCGGCAUCGCUCGCAGCGCCGCCCGCGCACGACGCCGGCUCUGCUGCGCCGGCUGCAGCGCCUGCUGCUGCCGCUGCUCCCGACGCAGCCGGCUUCUUCGACAUUGUGCCGCGCGCCGACGCCACCAGCUUCCAGGCCGGCUACCUGGGCCUCGACGGCUUCGAGGCGUGGGUCAAGGGCGACGUGCUCGUCAAGCUCGAUGCGCAGAACGUCGUGCAGAAUGUGCAGCGCUGCACCAUCACCUUUACCGCCCUCGAGUCGACGGCCAGCCAGAGCGUCACGCUCUUCACCUCCACCCAGACGCUCUGGCACAGCGCAGGCAGCGGCAGUCCCUCGAGCUCUGCACAGCUCGCCUCGGCGCAGCUGCCGUCGACGUUGCCCUUCUCCUUUGCGCUCACCGCUGAUCUGCCGCACUGCAUCCACCUGCCCUCGAGCGGCAUCUCGUAUGCGCUCAGCGCCACGCUGCACUCUGCCUCGGCAGGCGACGUGCGCUGCAGCGUGCCGGUGCAUCUGACACGCUACACGCGGCCCGGCCCGCUGGCGGCGCUCUCGAGCAGCAGCAGCCCGCGCCGCGGCGCUGUGGAGCCGCAUGUGUGGGCCGUGUCCUCGCCGACACCGCUGGCCAUCCAGCUGCGGCGCACCCUCUUCCGCCGCGCAGAGCCGAUGGAGGUGCGCGUGCGCAUCCCGCCGCCGCAGCAGACACUCGUGGCAGAGAAGGGCCUGCGCCUCAAGGCGGUCGAAGCCAGCUUGCUGCGCGUCAUCACUGUCCGCGACGGGCACAGCUCUGCUACAGUGGCGACAGCCAGCGCGGCGGACGGCAAAGCGCGAGAGGAGGCUCCGCGCUAUACGGAGACGCAAGAGCUCGGCGCCGGCUCCUCGUCGGCAGGCACAAGCGGCGAGAGCAGCGGACGCUUCGAGUCGCUCCUGGCACACUCGGGAAAGCUCUGUCGCUUCCACUCGCGGCAUCCUAUCCUUCUGCGGCUGGCGCUGCAUCCGCCCUUCGACAUUAGCAACAUGCCUUACCCACAUCCAGAUCACGACGCAGCACGAGGCGGGCCCGUUGCUGCUCGUGUGGGCGGCGGAGGCUGCGAGAGCGUCAGCCAGGAGACGCUGCUGCAUACCGUCGACUUUGUCGUGCGCGUGCGCGUCGUCAUGCGCGGCGGACAGGGCGAGGACCGCGAUGUGCUGGUCGAGAAGACUGUCGAUGUCCUGCCGGGAGCUGCUGGGCUUCACGAGGGCGAAGAGGAGGACGCUGAUGAGGACAUGGUCUCCGAAAGACGGAGCGAGAAAGAGCGACUGCGCAGAGACGAGGAAGCCGGGGCGUCCAGAGCAGGAGGCAGUGGCUCGAGCGGCGCCUCGUUCGAAGAGUUCGGCUCGGACCAAGAGUACGACGGGUACGAGGACGUCGGGCGCUCGUUGCAUGCUCGACGUCAUCGGGACGAAGCAGCGGGCGGCUCGUCGCUCAAUGCCCCGCGUGCGCAUUCGGAUGGGCAUCUCGGCGAUGAGACGCUCGACGUCUCCAUGCUGCUCUACGACUCGGCCAACUCGGACACCGCCUCGCCUUCCUCGCCUGGCAGUGCGCUGCCUCUCUUCUCGCACGACGAGCAGCCGCCGCAUGUCUUUGCCGACGCACGUGGCGGUGCACAGGACGCUGAGGAUGACGCGCCACCCUCGCUGUUGGAGAGUCGACAUGACCUGCAACUGCAACUUGCGCCUCCAGCGCACGGCGAUGCUCACGAUGGCGCUCAGACGGAGGCGAGCUACACCAUCAACGAUGCCUCUCAUCCGCCGCUGGACGCCGACUUGAGCGGCUAUGCGCCGCGCGACGAGGUGGCGAGGUACACGAUGACUCCGCGUUUGCUGCCUCCAUCUCUCAACACCCCACACGCUGCCAUCGGCGCACGGCUCUCGUCGCGCGUAGUGCCGCGCAGCAGCAUCGUCGAGACGUCGCUUGCUUCAUCAUCCACGAAUGCUGGCGCUUCGCUGCCGCAUCAGCCAGAGCACGCGCAGCAGCAUGCCCGCGAAGACGCCGAGCCGCCGCCAGGCUAUGCGGCCCCGCCCUUCCCAGCGCCUCCUCCGCUGCUGCUCUCGCCGCCCGCGAGCGCAGGCGAGCAGGGCCAUGCGCAUGCCCAGCAGCGCCCGCCUGCGUACCCUGCCGCUGCUGCGCCGCUCGGGCCGCCGAGCUACGAGGCGUGA